ACAUUGAAAUUUUAAUAAAUAAUUUGUAAUAAAUAAACCGUAGAAUAAAACAAAGAUGUGCUCGCGUUCUCCCAAAGAUAGAAGUAAAUCGCACCGCCACUAUGACAGAAACUACAAGCAUAAACGUUCCGGGUCGUCUUCAUCGUCUGGCUCCGCAUCGUCUGGCUCGUCCAGGCACGAAAAUAGUCCAUCACUCAGGUCUAAUUUGGAAUGCUAUGGGAACAACCGCAGCUCGGGCUCACGUCGCCGUUCGCGUUCUCGCUCCCAGUCCCGAUCCAAGUCGCCUGGAGGACGACGUUAUCACUCUAAGCGCAAGUCGCAUGACCGUCAGAUUGAUGGAGGCUCGAACCGUUGCAUCGGUGUCUUUGGUUUGAGCACCAAUACUUCGCAGCAGAAGGUGCGCGAACUGUUCAGCAAAUACGGCCCAAUAGAGCGCAUUCAGAUGAUUAUCGAUGCCCAGACCAACCGUUCGCGUGGCUUCUGCUUUAUUUAUUUCGAGAAUGUCGCCGACGCUCGUGUCGCUAAGGAUGCCUGCUGCGGCAUGGAGAUUGACAAUCGUCACAUACGCGUUGACUAUUCAAUAACCCAACGUGCCCACACUCCUACUCCUGGAGUCUACAUGGGGCGUUCGUCUCGCAACCAAAAUGGUCGCUCAGGAUCACCGCGUGGUUCCCGUUAUCGCGACUACGGGUCUUCGUCAAACAAGGAUACCUACCGCAGUGGCGGUAACAACCGUUACGACCGUGAGUAUCGCGAUUACCAUCGCGACAACCGCAUCGAACGUGAAUACCAACGCAAUUAUUCGAAGAGCUCUGGCAGCCAUCGUUAUGUGCGUUCCCGUUCUCGUUCGCCAGUGCGCAAGUACCGCACAUCAUCCCGUUACGAUUAGAUAUACGCCAAUCGCCAAAGCCGUGCUCGUCGCCAGGGCCCAUCCGGAUUGGGUUUUUGUUGGGCCUUGACAAACAAAAGCGAGCACAUUUGACUGAGUUUUAUCACAACACUGGCGAGCAUUUGACAAACUUAUAACAUACAUCAUUGGAACUUUUAACUCGUUGACUUCGUUGCUGUUGUCGCUGUUGAAAAACGUAGCUUGUAAAAAUCGAGAAUUAACACCUAUUACUUAUAGAAAUCUGCCACCGAAUGCGGACGAUGCACAACCGCAGCUUAAGGGGCUAGACACUCAUUGUGAUAUGAUAAUUUAAGCAACAGCAACAGCACCUAAUAAUUAUAAUAAUAAACUUAACACACUAACCACCAUGCAUAUUAGAAUUAACUUUUAUCGUAUCCAUCGUGAAUGUGCAAGUACAAAAUAUUCGAUUGCGUUCAGGAAUUGCCUCCUCAUAAUAGGAUAUUUUGUAAUUUUAAUGAUUUUAUUAAUUUAUUCCCCAUUAGCACUCGCUGGUCGAAUGCUUAAGUGUAAAUAUUUAGUCUCUAUAGAAGGUCUAAUGGUUGGAUUAACCAGCCAGUCAUUUUAUCAUUAGCGUUUGUCCUGAAGUACUCGCUGGUCGAUGCUGAGGGCACGGCAUGCGCUAACUAACUCACUAAUCUUUAGUUUGUGAUUGUAAAGAGUCACAGUUCUGGACUGUACAUAAAGAUGCAAGCAAAUAAAUGAUUAAGAAUUUUAAAAUA